GUUGCACAGCAUUUCUGGUACCCGCCUGCACAGGCCCCGAACACACAAGAAAGAGUGCGAAACGGAUGAAAACACGUCAGAUCGCAUCUAUCCAGUAAGUGGCGAACAAAUGGCAUGUUCUCAUUGUAUGUGGAACCUAAUAAUUGCACCUAAUUAACAGCAACAAGUUAAACCUCUGAGGAGCAGUUUUCACAUAAUAAGCGUUUCUAGUCAGUAAUCAUCAUAACAAAUCAAGGGCAAUUUCGUCAAUUCGAAAAACAAAACUGCUCUGAUUUUAUAAGGGGAGUUAGUUUUCAAAACCACACCAAAUCAACUCCAACAAAAACACCACAAAAGUAGUUGAGAAUUAGAGAUUAGGUUUUUAUCUCCUAUAAUAAAACCCUAAUUCCCCACAAAUCAAGAACAUACACACAAACAAUCUUCAAAGUUAUGAGUCUAUAUUCGUUCAUAAAGAGAUUUUCAAGUAACCAUCCACUGUUAAUCUAUGCACUUGUAUGGACUGUGUUGUUAACAAUCACAGUAGCAAUAUCCUCAUUAUCACCUGAAAUUGCAUUCAUGUCAGCUAUAUCACCAACUUCAUCGUUUUCAACACAACAACAACAUAAUCAAGGGUCAUGUAAGAUUGAAGAAGGUUACAUAAGAGUACCAAUUGAUAACCCAGUGGUUGAAAAACUCCCAGAGUCAGACAAGAAGACCCGAUUGUUUCAUUCCACCAGCACGUACUUGUUUCAUAAAAAUGCUUUUCUCAUUUCUGCGUCCCAUAUUGUUGACAUCAAUUGUCUAACCCUACAGGUCACGUAUUGUGCCAUGCUGUGCAACUGUGCUCGAAUUUUAAUGUGUUGUGACGUGCCAUAAACCACUGACGGUCCUAUGAGGGGGCUAAACUGGGCUUUAGCCCGCCCCCUCGUAUGUCCAAUUUUUU